AUGGCAUACAACCCAUAUGGAAACAACCCGUAUGGACCGCCGCCGACAUUUGGCGGUUAUCCUGGUGCCGCCGGCGCCGGUGCCCCAGGCAUGGCUCCCCCGCCCGGUCUAGGCCCUCCGCCAGGCAUGUCUUCCGCUCCGGGAUUGGCGCCACCACCUGGUGUCCAGCAGUCCAACAACGCUCAAGCUAACCGACAAAGCGGCCUCCCGCCGAACUUUCAAGCUCCGAACAUCCCCAACAACUUUGACUUCAGCGCACCCGUGAUCCGACUCUCUGCACUGGGUGGUAAGCCGGGACCUCAGGGUGAUGGCGGUCGCAAGGACAGCAGCGCUCCUUCCUCGGGGAGGCCGGGCCUGGGCAUGGACAGGAGGGACGACCAGUCGAGGAACGCCGCCAGGGACAACAUCCAGUCGCUCGUGCCGCCUACUAACGAGGAGAGACUGCGCACCAUCUUCAUACACAAGAUCCCCGAAGGACUCGGCGCAGACGAGAACAUUGAACGUCUGCUCAACUCGGUCGGGAGGCUGCGCAGGUGGGAUUCGGCGGCAUCACAACUGUCCGAUGGCAAGGGAGCAAAAUUUGGCUUCGCACAGGACCCAAGGAGGCGCCUGCCGAUGGCGAUGCCUUUGAAGGUGUUGAGAUGGUCAAACUCCAGGUUACGAUCGACCCAAACUCUCUCAAGUAUGCGGAAUCUUACAAGGAGAGCAGAGGCGAUGAAGCCGCGACCGAGACACGACUCGAGGCGGCCAAGGCGGCUCUGA